AUGACCAUCCCUCCCUUCGAAACGACCUUCGCCGUCCCUCUCAGCUGUGAAUCCUGCAUCCGAGAUGUCUCUUCCAGCUUAUACAAACUCGACGGUACAUCCAACCAUAUUCAACCACAUCCAAACAAACACACCCUCUAAUAACACUUCCCCACCUGACUACAGGCAUCUCCAACAUCUCCGCCGACCUCAAAUCCCAACAGAUCUCCAUCACAGGCACCGUGCCCCCCUCGCAAAUCGUCUCCACCAUCCAAUCCACAGGCCGCGAUGCCAUCCUCCGCGGUUCCGGGAAAGCGGAAAGCGCUGCAGUCUGUAUCCUCGAGACGCAUGCUUCUUCCAUACAGGACUACGUCCGAGGUCUCAUUCGAAUGGUCCAGGUCGCUCCCAAUAUGACCAUCUGCGAUGUAACUCUCAAGGGUGUGAGUCCUGGGCUUUAUAACAUUUCGAUCCGGGAGAGUGGGAAUAUUUCUUCUGGACCGGAGUCGACGGGUGGGGUGUGGGAUCUGGUGACAGCGAAGGAAGAGAAGAGGACUGUGCCGAGGGGGGUGUUGGGCACUGUAGAGGUGGGGAAGAGUGGGUUGGGGUCUGUGUUUUUGGACAAGCCGAUUCAGAUUUGGGAGAUGAUUGGAAGGAGUAUGGUUGUUAGUAGACAGCCGGCGGAUGGAAAGUUCGAUAAAGAGGAUCCGGAUACGCUUGUGGGGGUCAUCGCGAGGAGCGCCGGGGUAUGGGAUAAUGAUAAGACGGUUUGCAGCUGUAGUGGGAAGACGGUCUGGGAGGAGAGAAAGGAGCAGGUUGGCAGAGGAAUGUUAUAG